AUGUUUAAUUAUAAGCCGACUGAAUAUAGUCCGACAGCAAGCCAGCGUUACUUAACAUAAGUCGAGUCAUAGCAUCGAAGAUCAAUAGAGCAACACCCAAGUUUAGGUGGCUCAGGUGAUCCUCAUCUUCAAGCUAAACCUGCCUAUUUAAUCAAGAAAAAUGAUAUCGUUCCUGCAAAUGACUAGAGCAAAUUUCUGCGAGAUACUUUGGAGAUUGAUGAUAUAAACGGGACAAGAUCUAAGCGAAGGGUGUUGACUAGGAAUAUUGGCGUUGGACUUGGCCUGAUAGGGUAGAGUGAAAUAGAAAAAGAUCACUUCAAGGAUACUAUCAUGCACUUCAAGGACAUUAAAGGCACUCAUCCUCACAAAGACAUGACAGUCUGGAAAGACUAUGCUUUUGACACUUACAGAGACGUAACUCAUGCUAAGAAAAACUAUUAAAAGGUGUUUUAGUCUCCACAAGUCAAUUAAAGCUAUGACAGAUAUACCAAAAUUACUUAACUAGAUCCAAAUAAGAUUAAAAGUGAAGUGAUAAAUCAGGACUUUAACCAAUCUGGCUACUAUACAAGCAGAGUGCCAGUGUCCAUGACAGUAGAUGAUAUUGAUUACUCUUCUCCCGGCACUGUAGGAUAUGGCCCAUUCAGAAGAAUACCUAGAAGAGAGAUGCGUGAUCCAAUCUAUAUAGAUGACAUAGAAGGCUCGAGAUCUAACAAUUCAUAUAGAAGUACUCUAAUGUAAAGCAAGAAAGAAGGGGAGUAUUAACGUAAUACAAAUCCACUUGCCCCUGAUUACCAGUACAUAGGUUUGGGUGAUUUCGGCUAAUAGUCUCCUAGCAAGCUCAACAUGAGUGGGAGAAAAUCACUGUUAAGUUUUGAUGAAGUUCAAAGCAAUAAAAACAAUAGUAAGAGUACAAAGGAUUUGUUCUAGUAGUCUCGCUUUUCAUAAUAAGAUAAUGACGAUGAGCUGAAUGAUAGAGCUGAAAUUAACAAUAAUUAGCAUUAAAACCAGUUAAUUUUGCAAAAGCCCUAAACACCUAGGAAAUCUAUUCUUUACUAACCGCCUUAGAAAAAUAUUUAAGGCUACUAAUAGAAUCAAGUAGCAACUAAUGAAUAUGGAAUCGGCUAGAGUCCUUAGCAGUAGAAUCAAUUCAUGGCUAAAAGAAUCAGUUCUUCUUAAAAGAAAAAUAGAGAGAGUGUGUCAUUUCUUGAUAAAAUCAGCAACAAUAAUAAUCAAUAUAACUCCCCGUUAUAGUAACAAUAGCUACCUUAAGUUUAACAAGUCAUGCCAAUUAAUCAAUACAAUCAACUACCUAGUCCAACCAAUAUGGGUAUGUAGUAUAACAAUAGUAAUGUGAGCAGCAUAGGUGCAUCACCAGAUAUGACUUCUAGUUAAAGAAAGCAAUUCAUUCUAAGCAGGAAUAGAAAGUUUGAAGGACUUGAUACAAUGAGACCUGCUGGGAUAACCAGGGGCAUUGGUAUCCCAGAGGAGCCUGAGAAAUAUUACUAUUCAUAGGUGGCUUCUUUGCCAGUAAGCACUCGAUAACCUUUUUCGUAUGAGGUUUUCAAUAGAGAUGUAUGA